ACCCUGAAAAUCACGCCGAACCGCUGCCCAGAUCACACCAGAGCUGCCGCCACUGUCUCUGACCAAGCCAAAGCUUAUGCACUUGUUUCCGUAAGCGUGAGGAGAAGCGUGCAUGAGACAACACCGAGCCACCGUGUUCUCGAUCACGCUGCCACCAUUCACCGUCGCCGUUACUUAAGCUCCAAGCUUCGUCCGCUCUACUUAUUUCCUGUUGUUGGUGUUGCUACGUCAUUGUCCGUGCCGUAAGCUUUCUCUUCUCCAUUGUUGUUUAUGAAUGGUGUGUGGUGUUUAG